ACACAAUCAUUGGACACCCUAACUUCCACCCUUCCAUUCAUGUCCAAUCAACCACAGCAAACCGACAACGAUUCAAUAUCCUACAGGCACUUCCUUCGCUACUUUUGCAUAUUUGUUGCUCCAUUAGCGUUUCUCUUUAUAUUCAAAUCAUUCUCCACCAGGACCGAACCAGAGACUCAGUCAGAAGUCAGGAUGUCAGGAAAACUUCCUCUCGUUUUCCCUGCGGCAUCCCGCCACACGGCUACCGUCAUAUUUGUGCAUGGCCUGGGUGACACUGGCCAUGGUUGGGCAAGCGCUGUUGAGAACUGGCGCCGACGAGAGAAGCUUAAUGAAGUCAAGUUCAUUCUGCCUCAUGCUCCUGAGAUCCCCAUCACCGUGAAUAUGGGAAUGAGAAUGCCUGGAUGGUUUGACGUUAAACAACUUGGCGGAGAUGUUGACAGUCUGGUCCGCAAUGAGGAUACAGAGGGUAUCAAGCGAAGCCAAAAAUACUUCCACGAUCUCAUCCAAGAGGAGGUCAACUCUGGCAUCCCCCCUGAGCGUAUUGUUCUCGGAGGAUUCUCCCAGGGAGGCGCCAUGUCUCUCCUUGCUGGCCUUACCUGCACAAGCAAGCUGGGCGGUAUCGUCGGCCUUUCAUCAUGGCUUCUCCUCUCCAAAACUUUUGCCGACCUUGUCAAGCCCACCGAUGCCAACCGCCAGACUCCCGUGAUGAUGUUCCAUGGUGAUGCGGACCCUAUUGUCCCUUUUCAGCGUGGAAAGCUGAGUGCCGACCUGCUUAAGGAGCUUGGCUACGAUGUGUCAUUCAAGACCUACCCUGGUAUGGGUCACUCUGCUUGUCUGGAGGAGCUUGACGAGGUUGAGGCGUUCCUGAGAAAGCAAUUGCCUCCCAAGAACUAAAGUUAUGGUAUCGGCCUCAUAUAGUAUAGACUUAUAAACCUUUGAAAAACAGAGCACUCUCUGAGGGAAAUAGAAGACAAUAUACAGUCUA